CGCACAACCGGAACAAGGAAGCAUUUCCGCUCUCUAGAACUGCGUGGUUAUCUUUGUUGUGGUUUGGCUGCCUCGAGGUGUUGUGAAAAUCGCAGUAAACCUCGUCGAAAAUGAUCCGCUCUGUGUGAGGCUGCAGCUGGAAGGCAGUCGGGGCAUCGGAUAUCGGUAAAGCGAAUGCACCAAGCAAGGAUCGAGUUAUCAGACACGAACAGAGGUGGCCAAUUUUAGUGUUCUUAUCAUUUUAUAUGUAGCUGUGUUUAUGUGUGUGUCACGAACGGAGAAUAAUUGAAGGCGAACAUUCCUGUUGGAUAACCCAUCUAGUGUUGCACGAUGCUGACUUUACCUGUACGAAGAACCGAGCUGUAUGAGGAGCUGCGCAGCGCUCUGAAGGCCGAAAACUAUGAACAGCUUACCGUCCUGCUUAGUGAACUGCGCAAAAUAUUCCACAAUCAGUCAAACGCUUCGUCGACGACGCACAAAUCGAUCGAUGAGAAUGAACUGCAACUGUGGUUUCUUGAUGUGGCUCGGUUAAUGUUUCUAAAAAAAGAUAAUCCCGUCAAAGUAGCCGCCCUGGAAGCGCUGGAAACGGUCAUUACAUACCUUGAAAGCACCAACUACCACGAACUUCCCGUCUGGCAGACGCUACGGGCAACGAUUUGUAACGAGUACACGGCAUUGCUAGAUACGGCUCGCAGUGAGAAAGACCCACACUGGCACAGGAUCUGGGCGGUGUUGGUCCACGCGAUGGACUACGAAAUUUGUCAGGGGUCGACAACCAUCAAUCUGUUUCUUUCGAUCGUCGAAGCUGGCUUUCGAUCACCGGAAUGUUCUAUCCGCGAACAAUCUUUCGAUUGCUGGCGACUGCUGCUGGAGGUGUUUGCCCGACAUCAGGAGAUCGUUUAUUCAAAGCGCAUUAGGCUUAUCUGUAUACCGCUAAAGAGCUCCAAAUCCAAGACAGAACUGAUUGCGAGGAAAAAGUUCGACAUCUGGUGGUACCUCAUGACGCAGCUGAAGGACCAUUUGGUCGCGCGAAUGGAAACCAUCUUUGAACCAUUCAUUUACUUUUGCUUCGGACCGUCGUUCAAACCUCCGCUGUGCUACUAUUUCGAUGAAUCCUAUCAGGAUUCUGGUGCUCCUGGUAAAAUAUAUCAAUCAAUAAAGCAACUAUCAGCCAUCGCGUUAAUGCAUCUACUCGGACCCGCUCCCGAGAUUACCAAAACAUUAUUAACUCUCGAUGGUGGUGCCGACAAUAAAAACCCGUUGGUUUUUGCUUGUAGCGACAAAGGAAUGGUUAUAUCGGAUCCGCUGUUCAGGGCCAAAGUAAAGCUGUUGCUUAACUCGUGCACAGAGUGUACGGUGCUUUUCUCGCAGAUGAAACAUCUCAACUAUGUGGAGCUAAAUCGGUGUCUAUGGCGGAACUUUAUAGCGAGAGCCGAGGAGCUGGAAUCGAGAGGUGAGGUGAUUCAGUGGUUUCGGGACGAUAUGACGGCACUACUCAACCUGUCCGUAAAGCGGAAUAAUGAUUCGGUGUUACUUGAGUUGUUGUACGAUACGUUGUUGCUGGUGGCCCAAAGUGAUCUGCUUACUGUACGUAUUGGCACCGAUUCCCCCGACCGUUUGACACAAAACUAUAAACACUUUAUGCCGACCGUACUAAACAGAACAAUGCCUUGUCCUGAGAGUAGAUCUAAGGAAAUUGUGGAACAUGUGUUUGAUCUGAAACGUUACUGCCAACAGCAGGGAUAUUGGGAGAUGCUUCAAAAGACGAUUCAAUUCCUUUGCGACCCCGAAGGCAUGGACCAUACGGCGAUGGUUGAAUUUGGCGUGAUACGUACACACAUCUAUUGCCAUAUUGCCUCCGGUCUGAUGGAACGAAUUAAAGAAGAUCCUAAGGGGUUCGAGAAACAUCGUUCGACGGUUAUGCAUUUUUUGCUUUACCCUCUUGAAUUCGACCAGCUGGUGGUAAAGGAAACGGUGCAAAAACAAUGGAUUGAGCUAUACAGACCGAUCGUCUCGAACGAUCAGCGAUCAUGCGAGUUCGCGAACGGCUUCUGUGAGAUGAUCAAAGCCAUGACUGUAGCGAAGUAUUCGUUCAAUUUUGAAGUGGUGGCGGAUUACGUUUGCCAUAUUUUAAGCUUUGUUCCCGGUGAUUUCGAUUCCACGCAGUCACCAUUAAAAGUAAUCGAGUUAUUUAAGGAUCUCACGCGUAAGGGUUUAGUAUACAAGAUUAACCUGGAUCGUUUAGAUGUAAUGCUACGGCACUUCCGGGAGCUAGUGACGCGGAUGAGCAAAUGUGGUCUGUUGACAUUGAUAAUGCCGAUACGGCAUGCGAUAGGUGAAAUGGUAGCCAACGAGCAAGGGUUGGCAAUGGCUGAAAUCAAACGCACCUUGAACGUAAUAGCUGGAAAGUUUGUGAAUCCCACCAUGAUGAACGAGCUACAACGGCAGCCGAGUGAGAUUAAAUGGAACUGCAAAAUGUUACUGAAAACGAUGCUCGAUUUGCCAAUGUACAUGCGCAAACACUGGAAGCAACCAGAAAUCCGCAAGUGUAUGGACAUCUGUGAUGGUAUACAAGCGCCCAAACAAGCAAAAUCGAAAGGGGAUGAAGAGUUUGUAGUCAUCGAUUCGGUAUGGAAUUUCAAACCCGAUCAGCUCACUGAACACCAGUUGGAAAAAAUGAAAGAAAAGCGGAAUGAUAUCCCUGCACUUUACAACGAUAUGUCCCAAUCACAGGACAGCUUUGUCAUCAAACCCUGGACACCGACAAGGGUUAAGACGGCUGAAGCGGCUGUAACAGAAGACACAAGCGCACCUGAGGUGGUAUCUUCUAGUGUCGACAUUGAAAUGACGCCAGUAACAGCUACAGAGCCGACAGAAAAUCCUGUUCCGGAUUGUGCCAGUGAACCACUUGCCACAACCAUCACAGAAACACCACAAGAGAUUGUCAUGACAAACGUGAACCCCCCAGAUAAGGAAAACAAUUACGCCAAUAUGGUACCUGAUCCACCGACUGACACGCAUAAAGACGAUCCACCGACGGAAUCGGAAAGUGACAAUGGAGAGAAGUCGGCACCGACCAAGCAACGGAAAAAUCGAGCCCGUUCCGCCCUCGAACAGUUGCGCAUCGAUACAGUGGCAGGAAAAAGCUUAGAUGUAAUGAAUAUGCCACGAACAAGACGCUCAGAGGUACCGGGCAUGCGAACGACACGCCGCAAAGCACUGGAACCGAAGCGUAAGGCUGAAAGUGAGAAGAAGCGACGGCCGGUGGCCAACAAAAACUUACCCCCGGUGAGCGCUUCAAUGUCAAAGCAGACCACUAAAACCGUUGGUCAGAAAGAAGUAAAAUCUUCAAGGAAAAAUCUUAAUUUUUCGCUUGAACUGUCCAACGAUAAGCCGGGCGAAAGCAAGCAGAGCUUGGAAAAGGACCAAUCGUCUGAAGACAUCAUUGAAUCGUCACAACAAACUACGGAAUCUGCCCGGUCUAUAGUAGGACGAAAGGUUUCCUUACGUCGAUCACGUGUCAAUGAAUCGCCUCCGAUGGUCGUUACUGCGGUCGAUACUGUUAGUAAGGGCCCAGUACAACCCGAAACUAACACUGAUAAUGACAAUAUCCAGAAAGAAGACGCUCAAGCUUUGCCCCUCGAUGAACCGAUGGAGACUGACGAAACGAAGAACACUGAAAAGGAAGAUAUACCAGUAAAGCCAACUGUUACGGAAAAAACGUCUGAAGAUGAUAUUACAAACAAGCCAGUGCCUUUGGUUGAAAAGCAGAUCGAAAUGGUGCAAAGCCCAAAACGAAAUACACGACGACUUUCAUUGGAGACUGAAGCGAAACAGGGCCCUAGAAGUCCAACAACAAAUCGCGCCUUAGCGCAAGCGACCGUAGACAAGUUGAGACAUUCUCCUACGAAAAGAUUGAGAAGAGUUAGUGUUGAACAGAACGAGCAGGCAAACAUAAGUGCGAGUAGCAGUUCACUGAAGAAAAAAGAUCUGGAUAAUAAUAACGUAACUAAUCUGGUAAAAUGCACUCUAUCACCCUUUAAAAAGAGGUCCACGGAUUUGACCGAUCCUGUAAAGAUCAUCAAUAAUUCUGUGUUGCUAAACAGUCCCAAGAAAAUGUCAGAUACCAGUCCGUUGGUGGCGUUGGAGCCGAUCAAAAGUCAUCUGCUGGAAGGUACCACGCCAAAAGAGACGAAACUCUCAGAUCCCAUCAAUCCGAUUGUGACGGUUUCUGAAGAAGUAGCGAAGCAGCAGCAGGAAACAUCCGUUCCUCCAUCAAGCACUGCUUCAUCCGCUUCAGAGCAACCGGUAUGCAAGGCGGUAGAUGCGACGGAACAAAGCGAAUCAGAAGGUGGUACUCUACCAUCGGCAUCUGCGGUUGCUAUUCCCACCGAUGAUAAUGCGUUGCCCCUGGCUAAAGCUCAAUUUUCGCCGAUGAAGGAUUUGGAUGUUACUAUGGAACCAUUGGACAAAUCACAAAAUCAUUCCAUCGUCUCGUCUCCCGAAUUGGACCUUACGAAAGAGCGCACUGUGAAUCUGUUGAGCAGCACGUCGAACAUCUCACCGAUAGCUACUGCGAGUUCGUCCACGAACGAUAUUGGUGCACAGGCACGUAGCGCCGAUCGGCGAUCUUCCAGCCGAAUUAUGGAUAAGGAACGAGAGCCUGCGCCGAUACUCGCACAGUCACCUGCAUUUAUAUCUCGUCGUUCCAAAGCAAGUCCUCAGGCAGGUGGCAGUGCAGGAAUGUCUUCGGUUGCGGGGUUAAAAAAGAUCAUGUCAACCACGGGAAGCACACCACGAAGUCCAUCGACGAAUUUGAUUGGUAUGGGAGGGCGAGGAGCACAUCUUAUCAACUUGAUACGAAACCAGCAAAACGAUCAGUCACCAAAACCUAUUACACCGCCUCAGAACUGUUCCACUCCCAAUGCCCAACAGUCCGGUAACUCCUCGGCCAACCGUAUGCUCAUGCGAAAGCGUGCCAUCAUAGCGAGCGCGACGUCAAUGGCGAACGAAGGUACUUUGUCACCGGAAACAGGCACAAAACCCCUUCCGAACGAUGAUCUGAAGGAGGUCAACAAGCAGUAUCUGGUGUUUUCCAAGGUGCUUCCCUCACCGCAAGCCUCACCGGCGGUUGGUAUUUUAAAGCGUCGUCACGGUAAUUCCGAUGACAGCGAUGACGAAAACGAGACACCGGCUAACAAACGAAAGCGCGUCAGUUUCCACGAUCCACCCGUGUCUGUGACGAAGGAGUACCUGCUGCAAGAGGAGGAAUGUAGAAGCCUGUCUCCGAUGCGCUGCCCGGAAAAGACAAAGUUUAAAAUGCGUCGCAGAAGUCGCACGGACAGCAUUUCGGAGCUAGAAAGCUUCACUCAAAAGCAGCAUUGCUUGCCUCAUGGCGGUGUGGCAAUGAAUCAGGAUGCUGAGUUGGAAAAACACACUGAAGACGGUGAAGAAAAUGAGGAGGAGGAAGAAGAGCUUACAUCAUCACCAGAAUCUUUGGAUGAUUCUCACUUUGCCAUACACGAUGCAACCGAUACGAUGAUGUCACCGUUGCAGGUGUCCACGUUUGUUGGGAGUGCUGUUGCCGAUAGGGGUGAAAAGUUGAACCCAACGGAAUCGACCUCCACCGAGCAGACGGCAGCAAAAGUUAAUGAAAAGACUAAUGUGGAUGGAAAUGCUACUGCCGGUGGCUAUCAGUUUGCAUCGGAAGAGGCGAUUUUGGAACACGUCUUGAAGCGUUACACGCUGGAUGAUAUGGUAGAGCGGUAUUUCUCCGAAAACAGGUCUUUGGAGCAAAACAAAACGGCACGCUCUCUGGCAAAGCAAAUGUCGUCGAUGAUGAUGAAGGACGCCAAAGUUUGCCAUAUCGUGCUGGAUGAACUGUCGGAACGCUACCCGGUAGAAUUUCUCAAUCACGCCAUACAAGAAAACUCAAGUGCCAUGGUGUGUCAGCGCCUUUCGACGACCGCAAUGAUCGAUCACAUCUUUAAAACCAUCCAGCACCAAACCGCAACCAGCAACUCCAGCGCAUCGGAACAAACGUGCCCCGAUACGAUAGGAUUGGUUCAAAGCAUAUUCGAAAAGCUGAGCAACUUACCAGCCAUGAGCACCACCACGACCGAGGGCCAGAUGACCUUAGCGCAGAUUAUUGACGGAUUUGUUCACCAACAGUUGGCACAGAAAUCACGCCUUGAAAUGAUGGCACUACUAGAAGAUUAUUUUAAGCAGCCCGGUUCGAAAAAGUAACUGUUAAGAAAAACGCCCAGAACCUUUGCAUGAUAGAGGUGAGCGAUGCCUUUAGAUUUAUUGUAGCUAUCGUUCAGAUCACAUCAUCUUUCCAUUAAACACCAUCAAUUUUAUUGCCAAAUUAAGACAUUGAUUUAACAAUGAGCCUAAUUCUAUAGCAAGUACUCUGCAAUGGAUGUCUCGAAGUCGUUAAGCUAGCAUGAUUUACUGUUACUAUUACUAUUUAUUCAUAAUACUUUGCAUUCGCGUUUCUCAGAUUUACAAAGAAUGUCUAGGAAUCGAGCAUAGGCCAUGGGAAAGGGGUUGAAAUAGAAACGACAGAACCAUUGAUGGAUCACCGCGGAUAUUUGAACUAUAAGCAUAGCUUUAAGCCGUAUUUUUUUGUAGACUUAUGACCAAUGGACAAAAUAUACUUAUAUACACCGAUCAGGACUUUCAAAUACUCUGUUUUAUCAUCUGCAGCGUUCCUUUUCGAAUUUGCAACAAAAGUGGAAAGAAAAAAGUUUCAAUACGGGGUUUGUUGUUUUGUUUAUUUUAUUUCAAUCUGUAAGCUAGGAAACAGCACAAUGGAGGCUCUGCGGGGCUCCCCUGAGGCGCCCAAGAUUUGGAUAUGCUGAUUGUGCUAUCAACCUUAGCUUCUAAGUUGGGCUACGUUUUUCGGUUUCAUACGCCUAUAAUUUAUUGACCCAGAAAACACAGGCCCGCCGCUGUCCGGUCCGGUUCGAUGAUGCUAGCAAAACAAGCCAUUAGCAUGAUUCGUUAUGAAAGUGCCUUAUCUUAUCCACAGGAAACCCAUUAACAU